UGCGCGCGCAAGCACGGCAGCAAAGCGGAGCAGCGCCGUGGGUUUUUUUAGCAGUGAGUGUGUGUAUCCCGUGAGAGACGCGAGUAUCGUCGCGCGCGCGCGCACCAGCCGCUCUCCGGUGCCUCAUCCGUGGAGGAACUCGAGGAAAAAGAGAGAGAGAGUGUGUGUCGAGGCGGCCGAGGAUGCCGUCGCGGGCGCUCUAGCUAAGGAGAUAACUCUUUAAUAAGGAGGACUCCUAGUAGCACUAGGACGCACGCGAGAAUAGCGAGGACGUCGAGCCGUGCCGCUGAGGGACGUGUGUCACCGGCUUCCGUGUGACAGUGCGCGAGGAUGAAGCGCACGAGCUGCUGACGUGCGACUUUAUAACAUUCCAUCCAGAGAUUUGACAGAGCAGCUCUUAAUCCAAAAACUGACGCAAAAAUGGGUCGGAAAAAGAUACAAAUCUCGCGGAUUACGGACGAACGGAAUCGUCAGGUGACGUUCAACAAGCGAAAAUUCGGUGUCAUGAAGAAGGCGUACGAGCUGUCCGUCCUGUGCGACUGCGAGAUCGCCCUGAUUAUAUUCAGCUCGAGCAAUAAGCUGUACCAGUACGCCAGCACCGACAUGGACAAGGUCCUCCUCAAGUACACCGAGUACAACGAGCCACACGAGUCGCUUACCAACAAAAACAUUAUCGAGAAGGAGCAUAAGGGCGCGAUGUCCCCGGAGAGCCCAGAGCCGGACGCCCAGGAGUACAAUUUGACGCCCCGCACCGAGGCCAAGUACGCCAAGAUCGACGAAGACUUCCAGAUGCUCAUAAGGAAUCAGCACAAUGGAUCGAGGGGUAUGGGACAAUCCAAUUACACAUUGCCCGUUACCGUGCCUGUAAAUAGUUAUGGGGAGCAAAUGCUUGGCUCUAGUCCGCAAAUAGCACACACCAGCAUCUCUCCGAGGCCGUCGUCAUCUGAAACGGAUUCAGUAUAUCCACCGGGAGGCAUGCUGGAGAUGAGCAACGGCUACCCACCCUCGGCCUCGCCCUUAGGUGGUUCCCCGAGUCCGGGGCCAUCACCCGCCCUCGGCGUUUCCAAGGGUAACCCGUCGAGGCACUCGCCUCAACCGCCGCCGCCGCCGCAUCCGCACCGAGGCAACCUACGGGUGGUCAUACCCACGCCUCUCGCCCAGUCACUCGCCGAGGAGGGCAACUACGACGGUGGUCACGCUCAGACAACGCUGAGCACCCCGGUGGUGGCGCUGCAGACGCCAACGGUCCCGGCGAGCUACACCGGCUUCGGGCCGACGGACUAUUCGUCGGACCUCAGUACUCUCGCCUGGUCCCACCAGAGGUACGUUGAUGACUUAUCAAUGUAUUCGGCCGCCACCAUGUCCAGCAUAAGUCUUCCUCACCUGGCGGUGUCGAGCAGCACACCGCCACCUUCGACGUCGCCGAUCCCCGUGAAGAUCAAGAGCGAGCCGAUAAGUCCGCCCCGGGACCCCAGCAGCAGCAGCAACAGCAGCAACAACAACAGCAGCAACAGCAGCAGCAGCAGCAGCAACAGCAGCAGCAACAACAACAGCAGCAACAACAACAGCAACACGGGGGCCCGCAGACGCUGAAUCUCGUGUCGGUAAACAGGCCCGGCAGCAACCCGCCGCCCUCGCACUCCGGCAGCAUCACGCCCACGAACAUGCCCUCGCCGGGGA